GUGGGGCCUGGCUGACACACUGUGGUCACUGACCGGAGGCUCUGCUGGCUGUUUUAUUCCGCUCGGAUCGGACCGCAUGCAUGUCUGACCCGGGGGUCCGCCUGCUGCCCGCAGCGAACCGCACGCAUCCCGCCGAUAUGCGCCGGAUGGAUGCUGCGCUGUCGUAGAGGCGGAGGAUGAGCAGAAGCGUCGGCUGGUGUGUUUUCUGGCGUUUUUUCCGCUCGUAGCCUGUUUAUGGGAGGCAGCGGCGGCUUGGCCCUUUCUUUAUUAUAGGAGGCAGGUCUCCGCUGAGCUAUGUGAGCUGCACAUCGCCUCGUAAUUCUCAUCUCGCGAUCCUGAGGGAACAAUUAUGAACAACGCGCAAGAUAUGUCGCCCGAUUUCGUGUUGAUGCGCCUGGUUUCCGCGGCCGAGGAUGACCGCUUGGACGCAGAAAACGGGAAUCUGCCGCCGGGAGGAGUGGUGGCAGGGCUGGGGAAGGAGGUCCUGGCUCACAGCGGCGUCAAAGCCGGGUUGGAUAUCAGCCGAGAUCCGACGGCGGGCCUCGAGCAUCCCAGCAGCCGCCUGAACAAAGCCCAGCCGAGCGGCGAGGGCACGGCUGCACCUGACACCGGGGUGACGGAGAGCCGAGCCCCGCUGUCCGCGCCUCCUCCGCCGCAGAGCCCCAUGGAGGCCCAGGGCUUCGACUUCGCUCCCAGUCCCGGCCUCCGGCCUCAGCUGCUGGUCUUCUCCAAUAUCAUGCGGAACGGAGAGGGGAUUUUAGAGUUAGACCGUCGGAAUCAGCCGAGGGAUGCUCUGGGUUUGGACCCGAGCCCGGGGUCAGGCUGCUCCGGCCCGGCUGUCAAUAACAACACCCUGAGUCCGGGAGACGUCCAGCAGCAGCAGCACCAGCACCAGCAGCUGCAGAACCUGCAGGACCGGGCUUGGGGAGCGCAUCCGCCGGGCUCCGUCACCGCGGACAUGCAGGGGGCUGCGGAGCUGUGCCGCCGGCAUCGACUCAUCACCACCCCGCCCGAGUGGCCCUUGUUGUCGGAGAGAUCCAACCCUCUCACCGUGAUUGACUCUAAAUGGGGGUGCGCCACCAGGGACCGGGAGGGAGCCGUGUUCGAGCUGGCCAGACGGUUCGGGGAGCUCGGGGUCGGUGCGGUGCCCAAGAUGCUGUUCAAAACAGGGGAGCUCCCGCAGUGUUCGUGUCAGGGUGCGCACGGGCCGGGAGGAGGGGGAGUCGAGCCGGGGGAUGACCCGACCGAGACCAGCGACGCUCUGCUGGUCCUGGAGGGGCUCGGGACCGGGGAUGUCGCCGGCCUGGGCAUGGACGAGUGCCCGGAGGGUGAAACCGACGACGAGAACGGGCGCCGCGAGUUUCUCCUCCACAGGAAACGGGACAUAGUUCAGAAGAUGUCCGGGACUUUCUCCAUCAGCAGCUUCCAGGCGGAGCUGCGGAGGCAGGUGGAGGGUCUGGACCCGGCGGCGACCGAGGCGGCGGCGGCGCAGGUGUGCAGCCUCCACGGGGGGUUAGCCGGCCGCCUCUCACAGGUAAGCUCCGGGGAUUCAGAGGUCCUAGCCCAAGUUUCCGCCAUGUCGCCGAUACCCACACCGGUCCAGAACUCCCCUUGGGCCACAAGCCCGAACCAGAGCCAGGCGUCCACACCCAGGAGGCGGCCGGAGCGCUGCGCCAGCGCGCCGCGGACUCCCACAGGCUGGACCGCGGGCGGAGAAAAGACGCUCAAAGUUCCGGCGAAGUCCAAAAAGGGCUCGUUAAAGAUCCGCCUGAGCAAACUGUUCCGGACUAAAAGCUGCAGCGGCUCCAAUCACCUGCUGGACAAGAGGCCCUCAGUGACCUACUCAGUGUCUUCUGCCGGGAGCCUGGUGGACAUGGCGAGCCCGGCUGGUGCUGAGCAGGACGCAGACAGCCACAGCCAGCCCAGACUGACCAGGGCCCACAGUGCCUUCUCCCCCGCCUCCCUCGCUGCCUCCCUCUCUGCUUUCACUGGUGAGACUGUUUCUCUGGUGGAUGUGGAUAUUUCACGGCGAGGGGCGAACACGCCACACCCUCCCACGCCUCCGCCUCCUCCACGCCGAAGUCUCAGUUUGUUAGAUGACAUAGCCGGGCCUCAGCCUGGGCCUUUCCUAGUGAGUGUUAUGGGCGCCUCCCUGCAGUCCCUCCCCCUGCCUCUCCCUCCUCCUCCUCCUCCCUCCCACGCCACCAUCCAGCACAGUCUCAGCCUCAAUGAUGCCUUCCUGCGGGCACUUCCUCAUUCAACCCCAUCGCCGUCUGAUGCUCCACCCCCUUCCAGACAUGCCCCGCCCCCCAUGCUGUGCGCCCUGCGGCGGUCUGAAGCCAGCAACUUCACCGCCAGUCUGAGAGAGCUGGAGAAGUGUGGCUGGUACUGGGGUCCGAUGAACUGGGAGGAUGCAGAGAUGAAGCUGAAGGGGAAACCGGACGGAUCCUUUCUGGUCCGAGACAGUUCGGACCCACGAUACAUCCUGAGCCUCAGCUUCAGGUCGCAGGGAGUCACACACCACACACGCAUGGAGCACUACCGAGGGACGUUCAGCCUGUGGUGUCACCCGAAGUUUGAGGACCGCUGCCACUCGGUGGUGGAGUUCAUCGAGCGAGCCAUCAUGCACUCCAAGAACGGCAAAUUCCUCUACUUCCUGCGCUCCAGAGUGCCAGGGCUUCCUCCCACUCCGGUUCAGCUGCUGUAUCCUGUAUCGCGCUUCAGCAACGUGAAGUCGCUACAACAUCUCUGUCGCUUCUGCAUCCGACAAAUAGUCCGCAUCGACCACAUCCAGGAGCUUCCACUGCCCAGACCACUAAUAUCCUACCUGAGUAAGUUUUAUUACUACGACCCCGAGGAGGAGAUGUACCUGUCAAUCAAGAGCAUCCGGCGGGUGGUGGGAGCAGAGCCAGAGGCCGAGUCGCAGACGUAGCAGCAGAGAUCGUCUACGCUCAAUCUAACUUGUCUCUGCCCAGGUUUCUGUAAGGAGGACUGAUCUGGUCUGCCAGCGUCAGCCAAUCAGAGUCCCUGGAAAUCUCUGUGUCCACUUGGACUUGGAUGGACCGGCCUCUCUCUUGAUUUGGACUAACAGAGGGACGAGUGUUUGCAGUCGGAAUGGCGGGAAAACUGUCAUUGAGAAGUUGAGAUGCGGCGGACCCAGCCUCGUCUUCAGAGGGACUGCAGAGAUGUUCUCGCCUGCAAAACACGUUGGUUUGAAACAAAAGGAGAAACCAGAACUUGAUUUCCUGAACGUGCUGGACUGGACUUUUGAAACACAAUGCACUGGUCAAUUUGUACAACUGUUGUUUGCUGCCGUUUCCUUGUUUUUUCCUUCUGGUCUAUCAAAAUGAAGGUUUCUGGAUUUAAAGUUUCCCUCAGGACAGAUAUACACACAGAGGCGGGGCAGCGGAGGCUCAUCGCAGAGCAUUCAGACAGUCGAGGUGUAUAUUAGACAUCGAAAAUUUGUUUAAUAUUGAAUUCAAGACUAUUUCGUCAGAGGCACUUGUUACACAGAAGGAUUUAAUGAAGCUUUUGCAACAUCCGCUUGAAGCUCAGACUUCAUAUACUCAACCUUUGGAAUGUUUUGAUCAUGUUUUUAAAUCUGAUAAUCAGAACGAAUUGCCGUUUUGUUUCACUUAAACAAUCUAGUCUGACAUCAAGUUCACUGACCUGUCUAAGAUGUGUCCUGGUGUCAGCUGGGAUUGGCUCCAGACGCCUGUGAUCUGAAAGGAUAAAGUAAAGCUGAUGGAUGGAUUACGUUAGCUGUUUACAUGAAGGGGCAUUUCACUUUUGUUGGUAAAAUGAAUCGGCAUGAUAGACAUAUCUGUCUCAAAAGUCAAUAUGGAAGUUGCCAUGCCAGAUGUUAGUUGAAGAUAAUUUAUUUGUCAGAUCACAUUAAGAACGAGUAAGAGUUGUUUUAUCUGCAAGUGCUCUCAGAAGAAAUAUCAGAACUAAGUGAAUCACAUCCACUCUUGUCGCCGUUUUUGUUCUUCUGUAGUUUUUUUCUGAAGAAUUAUGACAUCCACGUUCUUGAACUUGAGUUAUGCGGCUGUGUUUAAUCUACCUAUGGCGUAGCCUACCUGUAGCCUGAUGUGCACCUACACAGAAAUGUGACGGCACAUCGCAGCAACAGACUGUGGUUGGUCUGCUUGGCAGUGCUGCUCUUCUGAUGCUUAUACAGGGGGUUGUGACCUGUAGUUUCCCUGGUAAACACACCGACCUCUUCAGCUGCCUUGCUGAAACCAAGUAACAUCCUGACGUCCAACAUGCAGCAGUUGUGAUGUCCCAACAGGUGUUUCUCAUAACCUUUCAAAGGGAAAUCACCAGCUGCAUAAACAAAUCUGUCUCUGUGGCAGCACUGGAGAAAGGUCUGGCAUGUUUCAGUCUACUAUCGUGGAGUAAAUGCUCUGGCUUGUAUUUCUUUAAACCAAUCAGUCACUUUGGGUGGCUAAUUUUGCAAAGAGGCAGGCAAAACCUCGCAUUAAAAUAACUAAUGAAGAGACAACAGCAGCUAGCUCGUUUACGGUUGCACCAGGAUAAUGUUAGAGUGCUACCUCGGAAGUUGUUGUUGUUUUCUGAUGGAUGCAGAAGAGAGGAGAAUGCUAACAGAAAUAGACGGCUAACGGCAGACAAAUGCAACAUGUUGGAACAUUUCAGUUCACAGAGGUCAAUGAUUUUAUUAUUAGACUGCAGUCGUGUUCCUCGUUGUUUCUUCGGUGGUUUACAAACGUCGCUAGUUUCAAUGACAAUCACAGCAUUACCUUGUUUUACAGAUCGACUUUAACUGAACUCCCAAUCAGGUCACAGAAAUCUGGUCAUGUGUUUGCAAGACAGAAGUAGUGCGACCUUUGUUUUAUAUUCUGCAGCCACAAUAUAAGAAAAAUAGACGGUCACAGUCAUUCUUGGUGUUUUUAUAGUGAAACAGUGUCUGAUUUCUUUGUGCUUCUCUGAAACAAGAAAAAAAUCCAUCUUUAUACUGUUCGGUAUCAGUUCCAGAUGUCGUUGAAGGAAAUAGCAGUGAUGAUGAUGUCCUACACUUCCCAGAAUGCCUCUUGGCAACCUUUAGAUACCAUGGUUGCUGCCAGCUGGUUUAUAAACGCUGGGCUGUGUCUGAUACUAGUAAGACAACAUGUCCUGGAGUUGCAAUGCAUUCUGGUCCUUUGAGGCUCACGAUGGUAGACAUCUGUUGCUCUUACAUGAUUUCACUACUUACAGUUGCUGUUUACAUUUGGACCAAAUAAACCAAAGAGAAAAAUAUCUUCAGAAAUGCAAUUUACAGUUCAAAUGGCGGAGUUUAAUGUUGUUUUAUUACAAAUAGCACUUCGGAAAUUAAGGCAAAUGAAUGCGAAAAAAGUGGAAUGAUGUCGCUUCUCUAUAAUGUCGAGAACAUUUUCUUUUUUUUGUGGGUCCACUGUGUCGUUGAGCAUCAGGUACAUGUUCUUAUGUUGAUGGGAAAUCUUAGAAAAUCAGAAAUAACAAAAGAGAGUUCUGACAGCAUUAAUGUGGCGUUUACGUUUUUGGAGAAUUUUUGCAUUUAUAAGCCGGGUAUGAAGCCUCAUUUUUCCCACAAUGCCCUGCCUCUGAGUGUGUAAAUCUGCCGUGACUCGUCUCUACCUGUCAGUUUUAUUUGUUGAAAUGCCCAGGUGUACCUUUGCUCAUUCUAUUUCUCAGAACCCUGAAGCUGGCGACUGGCUCAGCAUUUUCAGUAAAAAAAAGAAGAAAAAAUAAA